GCAAGACAGCCACCCCACUCACUUUGAUUAUCACCUCAUCAGGUGUGGCCUAAUCCUCAAGAAUUAUUCAUUGUGCUUAAAUAAUACUUCAUCAUGAAGUAUAAUGCACUGUAUUCUGUGCUCUUAUUUGCCUCCGUGGCGGCCAAGUACCCCCCCAGCAGUGAUAUUGACCAUGAAGAAGAAUUCCAGUCUGCAGAACCCAUUUACUAUUUUUGCAAGAUCUCGAAUAACCCGAGGUGGAGGUUAUGGAUCAGCCCCUGUGGAAAUCCUUCCAGUUCCAGGUCCAUCCUAUUCCAAUCAGCAAAUUGACAGUUUACCAAAUUAUGGUGGACCUCAAAUCGCCCCAAUCAAGGAAGUCGAACACUACUCUCCUGGGGGUGGAGGAUAUGGAGGUGGUGCACCAAUAAAAAAAGAACCUUACAAAGCUCCUGCUUACUCCGGGGGUAGUGGCUUCCCAGCCUCGAAACCUGUCGAAAGUGGUUAUGGGGGGAGUGCCCCGGUUGGUCCCGCUCCUGGAUACGGGGGGGCAGGGUUGCCACCCGGCUAUGGAGGAGCAUCAGCACCAAUAAAACAAGAACAACCCUAUGUCCCAUCUGUACCAAACUAUGGUGGCAGCGGAGGUCACAAACAGCCCUUCAAUUACGGUUACAACAGUGGGUCAGGGAUCUCAUUUGGUCAGGGUUGGUCAAGUUCACCUCAGCAACAGCCACAGCAACAACCACAUUAUGGGGGUGGUGGAGGACAAGGAUUCCAACAGAAGCAGCCCUUCAAUCAAGGGGGGACAAGUGGGUAUGGCGGCUCUCCCACCGGCCAUGAUUCCUACAGCAAACCACCCGUCGUUCAAGAAGGUUACGGCACACCCUUGGCUCCACCCGCUCAAAAGGCUCCAGGAGGUUAUGGUCGGCGUCGCUGAAAAAAAUCAAUCUUGUAAAACUAUUUAUAAUAAUACUUUCAAACCAUUCUUUUCCCAACAAUGCAAAUAAAAAACAAUACUUCAUUA